GGCUGUCGCUUUCCUGGAGAAUCCUACUCCCCCUCCAAACUUUGGGAGAAUCUACUGAGAGACGGAAGAUCUGCAUGGUCAGAAUUUCCCAAGAAUCGGUUUGAUUUGAGUGCAUGGUACCACCCCAGCAGCAGUCGACCAGGCAGUAUACAUACUCGUGGAGGAUACUUCCUGAGCCACGAUGAACAGCUGCGCCAAUUCGAUCCUUCCUUUUUUGGAAUCUCACCACUUGAAGCCUCUGCAAUGGACCCGCAACAACGCAAGCUACUCGAAGUCGUAUAUGAGAGCUUUGAAAAUGCCGGUGCUACUCUCGAGGAACUUUCGGGCUCGAAGACAUCUUGCUUUGUCGGUUGUUUCACCAACGACAUGCGAUCUAUGGCCUCCAGAGACCUUGAAUAUGGAGUACCUUACGAGAUGACCGGUAGUGACAUGACUAUCUUGAGCAACAGGAUCAACUACGUUUUUGAUCUCAAAGGACCAAGCAUGACGGUUGAUACAGCAUGUUCAUCUUCGCUAUACGCUCUUCACCUUGCCUGUCAGAGUCUUAUCUCGACAGAAUCGCAUGCCGCAGUCGUAGCGGGCUCGAGCAUCAUAAAUGAUAUUGGGCAGCACAUCGCCAGUGUAAGGCUUGGAGUCCUGUCUCCAACAUCAAUAUGCCACACUUUUGAUGAGCGUGCCGAUGGUUUUGGACGAGGUGAAGGUGUAUGCGCGAUCUACAUCAAAACACUUUCAGCAGCCAUAGCGAACAAUGAUCCAAUCCGUGCCGUAAUUCGAGCCACUGCUGUGAACAGUAGCGGAAAAAGCCAGGGCAUAAAUCACCCCAGCUCAAAGGAUCAAGAAGCCGUCAUUCGAGAGGCCUAUGCCAAAGCAAACUUGAGGUACGAGGAUACAGGUUGGUUCGAGUGUCACGGCACUGGAACUCCGGUAGGCGAUCCAAUCGAAGUACUAGCAGCUGGGGACGUUUUCGCUCCUGGUAGAACGCCUGAUAAUCCUCUUCUCCUCGGUUCCAUAAAGACCAACAUAGGUCAUACCGAAGGCGCAAGUGGUCUUGCAAGCAUCAUUAAAGCAGUAUUGAGCAUCGAGAACGAUCUCAUACCAGCAACGGUCGGAGUGGAAAGGCUCAACCCAGCUAUCGAUUUUAAGAAUGGACGUCUUGAAGUUGCCAGAGCCACAACGCGGUGGUCAGAGAAGAUGUGCAAACGCGUGAGCAUCAACUCUUUCGGUUACGGAGGUUCAAAUGCGCACUGCAUUGUUGAAUCUCCUCGCAUACUUCUUGGGUCCCGAGACAGUCGUGAGGUCUCGCAAAAUAUUUCGAAUGGAUUUCAUGGCGAAUCGACCAGAUAUUUAUUCGCUUUAACAGCUCAUGAUCCGCACGCCCUUGACAGGAAUACUGAUGCACUGGCAGCUGUAGCCGACAAGUACUCUGCAGCAGACAUCGCCUAUACACUAGCUCGAAAGAGGUCAAGACAUCGUUGUACAGCGUUUACGACUGUCACCGAGCCAGACGUUAAAUCAAAGCUUGUACUAGAAAAGAUACAACAUCCUUCCAUAAUGGUUACCGAACCAUUGGUCAUAGCAUUUGUCUUCACCGGGCAGGGUGCACAGUGGCCGGGCAUGGGCUAUGGAUUGGUACAACAGUAUCCAAUCGUACGCGAAACCAUGUCGACUCUUCAACGUGCAUUAGAUGCACUUCCCAUGCCGCCCGAGUGGCGACUAGUUGAAGAACUGUCCAAGCCCGUCGGAGCUAGUCGUAUGCACGAGACAGCCCUUGCUCAACCUUUGAGUACAGCGCUGCAAAUUGCUCUGACAGUUCUACUUCAGUCUUGGGGCAUUUCAGCCAAGGCUGUGGUGGGACACAGUUCUGGCGAAGUGGCAGCAGCAUUUGCGGCAGGAUUGCUCACGCCGCCCGAAGCCAUUUCGGUUGCUUACUAUCGUGGUAUCGCGGUCAAUAAGUAUGGCAAGCCAGGAGCGAUGAUGGCUGUUGGACUUGGUCCAGGAGAGGUUUUGUCUUAUAUCCAUGAUCAGCCUGGUGUCGUCAUUGCCUGUCAAAACUCUCCACAAAGUGUGACUCUUAGUGGUGAAGCAGCUGCGAUUGCUACAGUCCACACAAGUCUUUGCGAGGCAGGGAUCUUCGCACGUAUCCUGAAUACUUCACAGAACGCAUACCAUUCGCAUCUUGUCAAAGAAGCAGGUCAAUAUUAUGAGGACUCAUUCAAGGCUUCCCUCACGGCUUCGAAGCCGGCAGUGGAGAAAUCAAACAUCCCUAUGUAUUCAUGCAUAAAUGGACGGGUACUCGAUAGCCCCGACGAUGUUCGUAUAGCUUAUUGGCGACAGAAUCUGGAGAACCCAGUCAACUUCACACAGGCUUUGUCAGCUUUGAUUGAGGCCCAACCUACAGUCAAUUGUUUGAUAGAAGUAGGAAUGCAUUGUGCUCUCGCUGGGCCCAUCAAACAGAUCAGGUCUUCUCUAGGCAUAAAGCCAGAAGAACUCUGUUAUCUGCCUAGCAUCGUACGCAGUGAAGAUAACGUUGAAAACGUCCUCAAACUCGCCGGAGAGCUCUGGACUACUGGUUAUCCGGUCGAUCUGACAGCUAUCAAUGGACCAGGGUGCUUUGUGCCCGAGCUGCCAACUUAUCAAUGGAGCUAUGAGGAAGGCCUUUUGUGGACAGAGAAUAGAUUGAGUCGACAAGUACGAUUCAGAGAACAUGCACGUCAUGAUCUGCUGGGCACCCUUGUUGUGCCCUCUUCCGCAUUCAAUCCGACAUGGCGUAACAGGCUGAGCAUCAAGGAUGUGCCAUGGCUCUCUGAUCACCGCGUUGGCACCGACGUGCUCUUCCCAGCAGCUGGAUAUUGUGCCAUGGCAAUCGAAGCCGUGACACAAUUUGGGGAAUCUCUGAAGACACUGGUUGAGGGUAUUACGAUUCAGCAUCUAAACAUCAAAGCACCUCUUGUCCUUCCGCCAGAUGGAGAAGCUGAGACUUUGUUUGACCUACACACCAUCCAUGGCUCCACUUCGCAAGUCGAUCGUAAAGUGCUCGAAUUCAGCUUGAGUUCGAUUAGCGCAGACGACAGAUGGAUUGAGCACGCUUUUGGGAAGAUAGUUCUGCAUCCAUCGAAUGAAGUGCCAAGCAUUCGAAAUGGAAACGUUAAGAACAUCUCAUGUGCUGAAGACAUAGGAAAGAGCGAUGACAAGUGGUACACCGCGCUUUCUGGAAUUGGAUUGCACUAUGGCCCCGCCUUCCGUCCACUGAAAAACAUCCAACCUAGUGCGAGUCCGAAGGAAGCUGCGACCGCACAGAUAAAUCUCCAACCAAGCCAAGGAGUUAUGACCGAUGAGUCUCGCUACGAGAUUCAUCCUGCUACUCUUGACGGCUGCAUACAACUCUCGGUCAUUGCAGCUUGCAAAGGCAAUGUCAAAGGCAUCUCAAAGGCAUACCUGCCAACUACCAUCGAAAAUUUGACGAUCUGGCGAGACCCUGACUUGCAACAUCUGCCAACCGAAGGCCUACUGUUUGGCCACGGUUCUUGCCAAGGCAUGCGUUCAGUCCGUGGAUCGUCAGAGCUUACUACUCUAGACGGACACCUGCUUGCGCAGAUGACAGUGUCCUUGAUGUCCCUAGAAGGAGAUUUCGCUAACCAAAAAGUCGAACAAUUUCGCGAACCGUUCACGAGACUCAUCUGGCAACCAAUCGCAGAUGAUCAUGCUCUCCUCAAUCUUACCCGAAACAUCGGUGAUCUUCGCAAUGUGCAAGCACCCAAACUCUGGCUUGUUUACAAGAGUUGUAGUAGCUCUCUUCUGAAAGCGAUCGAAACCUAUGCAAGCGACUGCCAUAUUGACUACGAAAGCAUCCCAACUUCGGCAGUAGAAGCCAACAUCCCCAAAGGCUCUCGAAUCAUGAUGCUGGCUGAACUCGAAGAUCCAAUCCUUAUCAGCAUGACCAGCAAGGAGAUGGAUGUGAUAAAAACACUGUUCAAUCGAGCAUCAUCCAUGCUGUGGGUCACUCCAGGCGGGCUAUUCGGAGGCAAGAAGCCUCAAUACUCGUUGUUCCCUGGCACAAUCAAGUCCAUCACGAAAGCGCAACCAUCUCUUCGACUUUCGAGUAUCGAUAUUGACCCUGAUGAUACUGACGUUAUGGUCUUGGCCAAACUGAUUCUCCAGCAUGAGACACGCCUUUUCAAAGACGAUGACCGCAGUCUUGAUGAUCAAUUCAUCAUUUGCGAUAGUCUCGUAUAUGCAAGUCGUUACAUACUUGACGAACAUGCCAAUCAUGAUUUCAUGCGUCAGCUCAAGCCUGAUCCACAGCUGUGUCACAUCAAAGAUAAUCUAGAAUUGGCUUUCCAGCAAGUGGGCCGUAUGGAGAGCUUCUUCUUCACCGAAAAAUCUGUGGCACCAGUUCUCACAUCUAACGAGGUCAAGCUCAGGCCGAUAGCCUACGCUCUUGGCCAACGUGAGGCUUCAGUACUCAGAGGUGCUGAGGUUGCGGAUCACUUCAGCAACGUAGUUGUUGCGGUAGUAGAACAUCUUGGACCUCAAGCUGGAGCAUUCAAAGCAGGCGACCGUGUCAUCUGUUGCUCUCCGAGCAGGUUUGACAGCUCUGUCAUUGUAAGCGAGACUGCAUGCGAAUUACUGCAUCCUGGAGAAGACAGCGGAGACAUGGUGACUUCAUUACUGCCUUAUUGCACAGCUCUCCACGCCCUUGGUCAUCUCGCUCAGGGACAAACUGUAUUGAUCCACGGUCUAUCGAAAAUUCUGGCGCUGGCCGCAAUACGUAUCUCGCAAGCAUAUGGAUCCACAGUCGUGUUAUUGCUUGAUUCAGAAACAGACAUAGCAGUAUUCAAACAACGAUUUCCAGACAUCAAUGCGCAAUUUACAACUAGCUCAGGAUUCGCAAGAAAGCUGUCAGCCUUGACAAGCAUCCAAGGAGUGAGCGUGGCGUUGGUCAGUCCAACCAAUUCGGACAUGACAGAGAUAUGGCGAUCUCUUGCAAGAAACGGUCGUCUCACGUACAUUCUGGAAAGCUCGGAAAUGCCCAAUCUCGGCUCCUUAGAUCCUUCAGUUUUCAUGAAGGGUGUCUCAAUCACUUCUACCAAUGCAUACGAUAUGCUCGAAACCCAGCCGGAGCAGAUGCACAAGCUUGUUCGUUCAGUUCUGAACCUGUUGCGAGACGGUACGCUCCCAAGACUUAGCCCUAGCGCAACUUUCGAUAUCUCGGAGCUUCCAGCUGCAGUCGCUGCGAUAGCUCAUAGCAAAACGAUGACUGAUGUUGUUCUUACCUAUGAACAACACAGUGUUCCAAUCCAUGAACCCUACCGACCGGUCUUGUUCAGCUCCGAAUACUCAUACCUACUUGUGGGUUGUCUUGGUGGCUUGGGCCAAAGUCUUGUCAGAUGGAUGUUUUCUCGUGGCGCAAGGCACUUUAUCUUCCUUUCGAGAUCAGGGACAGACAAAUCCGAAGCAGCACAGUUCGUUGGCGAGUUAAUCAAGCUUGAAGCCAUUUCAGUUGUUGUGAGAGGCGACGUGAGCAUUCGCUCAGACGUGGAAAAUGCGAUCAAACAAGCAAAGACACCAAUCAGAGGGGUGAUGCAACUGGCAAUGGCACUCACGAGCAAUCUUUUUGAGGACAUGUCAGCAGAAGAUUGGCACAAAGUAUUAGCUCCUAAAGUCCAAGGCACGAUAAAUCUACACGAAGCACUACUGCAUGAGCCGCUCGACUUCUUCGUAAUGACGAGUUCGACACUUGGAGUCGCAGGCGCCUCAACUCAGAGUAAUUAUGCUGCUGCAAAUGCCUUCUUGGAUUCUAUGGCACGACACCGUUGGAGUCUUGGUCUAGAAGCAUGUUCAAUUGCUCUCGGCAUGAUCACCGGCAUCGGACACGUAGAAACCCAUCCGGAAGUCAAAGAAGCCUUUAAGCAGAGAAAUGUCUAUGGCAUCCCGGAAGACGACUUCCUAAGGAUGAUGGAAAUGGCGUGUAGACCUCGAGGCACCAUCACUCCUCUAUCUGAACAUGAUCCUUUGAGUGUCGCGCAUAUGGUCACGGGUAUGGAACCAAGCAAGAUAGCAGACUCUGGCGCUCUACCAUCAUGGCUUAGCGAUCCUCGUUUCGAAGAUAUCGCUGUCGCCAUUGCGAAGACUGGGAAUGAAACUUCCUCUGCACAUUCGGCAACAACCACAGCCUCCAUUCUUCGCACAGCGUUAGCCACCAACGACAACGACUCUAUCCGCAAAACCCUCACCUCUCUCAUUUUUGCCCACUUCUCCAAACUCACCAUGGUGAGCGUAGAGAAAUUAAACUCUUCCUCAAAUCGUCUUCUGUCAGAAUUUGGAAUGGACAGUAUGAUUGUUGCAGAAUUGAGGAGUUGGGCUUGGAGGGAGUUGAAGGUUGAUGUGCCGUUUAUGAUACUGCUUGAAGGAGGGUUAACAUUGAAUGGGCUUGUGGAUCUGAUAUGGGGCAAGAUUGAUUGGGACGCUUGGAGGGUAGGAAAAUAA